GUAUGUUUGCAGGUGUGUGGCAAAGUUCUCUCAUCAGCUUCAUCCUACUAUGUUCACAUGAAACUUCACUCCGGAAAUAAACCCUUCCAGUGCACGGUUUGCGACGCAGCAUUUUGCCGCAAGCCGUACCUGGAGGUCCACAUGCGCACGCACACUGGCGAACGCCCCUUCCAGUGCGACCUCUGCCUCAAAAGAUUUACGCAAAAAUCCAGCCUUAAUACGCACAAGCGCGUACAUACCGAUGAGCACAUGCGCGCGUUGAUGGUGAAGGACCGCCCCUACAAGUGUGAGCUCUGUCAGAUGCGGUUCACGCAGAGCUCCAGCCUCAAUCGCCACAAGAAAAUUCAUACCGAGGAGCACAGGCGCGCGCUGCUGGCUAAGGAACGCCCCUACCAAUGCGGCAUCUGCUUUGUGAGAUUCACCCAGAAAUCGAGUUUGGGCCGGCACGGAAAAAUACACACUGAGGAGCACAGACGAGCCCUGUUAGAGAAAGCGCGGCCGUACCAGUGCCACAUCUGUUUUAUGCGCUUCACUCAGAAGUCCAGCCUGGGCCGACACGGAAAGAUACACACUGAGGAGCACAUCCAAUCGCUGAUCAACAAAGUGCGCCCCUAUCAAUGCGACAUCUGUGACAAGCGGUUCACGCAGAAGUCCAGCCUGGGCACUCAUAAACGUAUACACACCGGCGAGCGCCCGUUCCAGUGCACCGUCUGCCUCAAGUCCUUCACGCAGAAGUGCGCGCUCAAUUUGCACGAAAAGAUACAUACGGUGCAAGGGCGCCCUUACUCGUGCGGGCAAUGCCCGGCCGCGUUCGCUCGUCGGCCCUACCUGGACACUCACAUGCGCACGCACACAGGCGAGCGGCCCUAUCAGUGCGACGCGUGCCUCAAGCGCUUCACGCAGAAGUCCAGCCUCAAUAUUCAUAAGCGGACGCACACAGUCCAGGGCAGACCGUUCCAGUGCCUGUCGUGUCCCGCCGCCUUCACGUGCAAGCAGUACCUCGAGAUUCACACGCGCACCCACACCGGCGAGCGACCGUAUCAGUGCGACAUCUGCCUCAAACGCUUCACGCAGAAAUCCAGUCUCAACAUCCACAAACGGACGCACUCAGUGCAAGGGCGGCCCUUCCAGUGCCUGUCGUGUCCUGCGGCCUUCACGUGCAAGCAGUACCUGGAGAUCCACAACCGCACGCACACCGGCGAGCGACCUUAUCAGUGCGACGUAUGCCUCAAGCGAUUCGCGCAAAAGUCCACACUUAACAUACACAAAAGAACGCACACAGUGCAAGGGCGCCCGUACCAAUGCAUGGAGUGCCCGGCCGCGUUCACAUGCAAGCCGUACCUCGAGAUCCACAUGCGAACGCACACCGGCGAGCGGCCCUUCGAGUGCGACGUUUGUUACAAACGGUUCACGCAGAAGUCCACUCUCAACAUUCACAAACGCAUACAUACUGGAGAACGACCGUACGCAUGUGAUAUUUGCCAAAAGCGUUUUGCCGUCAAGAGUUACGUAACAGCUCACCGGUGGUCGCACGUUGCGGACAAGCCGCUAAACUGCGACCGGUGCUCUAUGACGUUUACAUCAAAGUCUCAGUUCGCACUGCACAUCCGCACGCACUCCUCCGGCUCUUGCUAUGAGUGCAGCGUUUGUGGACGCACUUUCGUGCGGGACAGCUAUCUCAUCAGACACCACAACCGUGUGCACCGCGAAAACCACAGCAACCUGUCCGCAAACAGCAUCUCGAAUCUUGCCAGUGUCGCCACCAACACCAACAACUCGAGCAACAGCAACUUUGACAACUCCGCCGUCUGCGAUUUGAGUUUCGUACCCAUGGUGAACCGGUACAUGACGUCGCAGGGUACCCAGGUGUCGAUGCAGGACAACUCCAGUAAGAUGUCGGCUUUGUCGCCCCAAUCCAUCGCUUCUAUUUCGUCGCCCCCUCCACCGCACACGCCGACGCCACAGCCACAGAUGCCCGGACAGAUGCACCUCACCGACUGAUCGCGAGACCUCUACGCCGCUACAGGUUUCGGUUGAAUAAGUGCAGCCGAAGUGCAGAGCACACAAGCGGGCAGCCUAAAUCAGGAGCAGCUAUUCUUAUAAAGAUAUCGACCAAUCAGGAGAUAGGCAGCUCCUUCUGAUCGUGAUUCGAUCAGCACGGACUAAUGCACAGAUUUAUUGUUUAUUUUUAUCGAGUAUUUAUUUUAUGUUGAGUUGUCGGCCGAGUGUACAAUACAAUAUAGGAGAGCGUUGCGAGCGAGAGGUGAAGUUUUAUGUUGGUCGGUAGGAGCCCUCGGGCACGAUCGGAGGACGUCACAGUCGGAGUAGAGUAGUCACGUAGCGGUACCGCCUAUGAUAAUGCAUUGUGAUUUAUACCCACAACUGUGAUUUAUCCAUACCAUCACACGAUGUAUCGAUUCUCGUGGUGGCAUUCAUAAAUCGAUACUUAAACUCUCAUCAUAGAUUGUAGGCCUAAAAUUUUUGAUCUCAUAUUCUAAUUUGCUUAGUGAUAACUUUCGGAAUCGUGAAUGGUAAAUCUCUCCAACUUGAAAUUCUAAAUUUUAAUGUUUGUCGUUCGCUUGUCAUACACGUCUUAUUAGUGGUAGUGAAAUGUAACAAUAUCUUAUUGCGAUGCUUUAACUUAGAUCGUGUCAGUGUAUAUGGAGUUCAGUAAUUUUAUACAACUUACCGUCGAGAGGUAAAACUAUUUUAAUCACUGAGAAUUGUAAAGGGCUCUAGAUAAUACUCCUCGUAAAUAAUCCGUAAGAGAUGCUUUAAACAAACUCAGGUUCUUAUAAUAAUGAUAAGUACAAAUAAACCCAUAAACCGAAGAGUCCUCAGAGGAAUAUGAAAGCUUCACAAUAUUAACUUUAAUAUGAUGUUUAUUGGAGAAAUCCAGAGAAGUGCCUGUUGCAACAUAAAUUGGCAAUAUUUUUUACUCGUAUUGCGUUCGGUGUUAUGUUCAGUGUUUUGUGCGGCGGCGGGGGCCAUGGGGCCGCGCGUCUCGGCAAUAAGCGCCAGCCGCGGGCCGUAGCAAGUUUCACGUGUAUGACUACGCGCUUGGCGGUUGGCUGUGAUCGUGCGGUUGCACACACAGAGCGUAUAAUUUGUGAAGCUUCUUACUAAAACUUUGUGUGCCUUCUAGCGGAUAGCGACAUUAGGCAAUAUCAUCGUAACACCAUUAAAUACACUUCAUAUAGAUUUCGAUUUAUGGUCUCGUAAUCAUGUACAUCAUAUUAACGUUCACUGUAGGGUAUUACUGUUCGUUUGACAGACGUUUUGGUGCGGCUCCAGCGUGUUUAUUUCCGUACUGUUUUCGAAUAUUGUAAUAGAGUUAUGAAUAGUGAUAGCGCAGUAGUCUUCCAAUACCUUGAGACAGUCGUACACGCGAGUGCAGCCAGCGAGUCCGCUGCGGGGGUUCCAUAUGGUUUGCCAUUUUUGAUAUCAAAGAUAGAUUGGUGCCAUUCUAUGUAAAUGAUGCGGUAGAGUAAGUUUAGUUAAGUCUGCUGGUCAGGGUAGAAAUGGAAAUAAAAUAUUGUACCUAAAAAUCUUCUCGUGUGUUACGUACCGACAUUUUAUACCUAUUUUUUAUUUUAUACUUAGUAUAUUAGAUAUUAUUUUCUUCCUACGUUGUUGUUUUCAAAUAUACAUUAUUUUAUUUCCACAUUGUUGUGUGUGGUGUCCAUGUGCUGGGUCAGAUGUGUAAAUAUCGGUAGGGUUUAUUUAUUCAGACGCGUUGGAAAGAGAAACAACUCAAAAUCUGAAUAGAAAUAUGAUUUGUAGAAAUGUAUUCUACAAUCAUAUCACUAAAAUUAUGUAUAUUGUCGAACUGAGAAACACACGAAAGUGGAUGUAGAGUAUUUAGCGCAGAACUAUACUUUGGGUAAUGUAAAUCAAAAUUUCCUUGUAGAAUGUACAUAUACAUACAUACAUAAAAUAAUAUAUACAUAUGGAUGUUGUUUGAUAGUCCUCAAUAUUUUUUUAUAUUUUGAUAGUUCUGUAUUUGAUGGAAACACGAAAAAUAAUAGGCCAAUAACUCAUUUAAUCAUUUAAAAAAUAAAAUUAGAAAAAAAUGUACACGAUAAAAUAAGAUGUCUUUAAUAAGAUAAAUGCAUUUAGUUGCCCAGAAGUUGUAGGGAGUAAUAACAACCUCCAUGAUUUUUAAAUUUUCCUACAUUAGUAAGUCUCUUACCAAGCCAUUGAUAACAGUAUUAUUUAGACAAAUUAGACUUUGGUUUAACGAGUAGAAUUUAAAUCUUUCAGCUAUCUUUAUUGAUGGAUCACCAUUAUGUAACCAGUUAUCAAUAGUCGUACCGCACCGGCGGCCGCGCUGCGCGGCGCCGGUGUUACCAUAUUUAUCAAUAGUUUGUAAUAAAUGGGAAUAGAAACACCAACAUAGUGAAUUAGGUACAUAUGAAGAUACAUAUAUAAUAAAACGUAUAUUUUAUCACUUCUCCGUGACUCGGCGAGGGCAGCUGUUUCUUUUUAUUGAUUCUAGAUUUUAGUAAUAUAUUUUUGUUAACUUCUAUGUUCGCUGUCUUUAUUAUUGUUCAUCCCCUUUAUAUUGACUUGUCGUUAUCACCUGGCCGAGGCACUGGAGAAGUUUAAAGUCGAAUGGUCCCUGUCGGUUGCGAUACGUGUUUGAAUAUCUCGAUCCGUGUAUUUUGUGGUAGAGAUUUAUUUAUGGGAAUUAAUGUAGUGAUCCCAAGGAAUAUGUUUCGCAAGGGGUUGGGACCCAGAUUAGAGAAGUGAAGAAUUACAAUUUGUACGCCAAUCCGCAGAGACAGGACGCAUUCCCUGAGAGUACAAUGGAUCUACAAGUUGUGCGUCUUCACUGUGCAAACUAUUUUACAUACCGAUGUUAGUUACUAAACUUAGAGGGUAAUAAUGAGCCAUUUAAAUUUACGUAAUCGUAAAGUGUUAUAAGUUUGUAUUCUCUUUCUCUACUUAUUUUCGAACCGUAGAAAAGACUGAAUUACUUUAAAGCGAAAG